CUCUCUCACUCACUCAUAAUAUCGACUAUGGCGGCAACGAUCUCUCUCGGAGGGAAGGGCUCUUCUCUGUCUUCUUCCUCCGUCUACAACGUUUCCGCCGGCGUCUCUCAGGUCCGAAUCGACUCUUCCGCGCUCGACAGAUUGUCCACCAAAAACCCUCAAAUUUCCCAAAAGAGCUCCUUCGCUAUCCCUCAAUGCUUGACGGUAGAGGAGGCUCGAGCUUCUUUAGCUGUUCUCCUAAACAAGCUUCUCCUAUCAGCUUCCUCUUCAUCUGCUAUCCGUACGGAUCUUCCGGUUAAGAUCUCCGAGAGUCUGAAUUCGAAGGCGGAGGGAUUUGAUUUCUCCGAGAUUGAUUUGACCGAAGGAGAAUGUACUGUGCUGGAGAAGUCUUGUGCUCCGUUGAUCGCCAUAUGUUCGGUUAUCGACCACAAAUCUUCGGUCCUCUCCCAGAUUGUAGAUGCGGUUGCUGCUUUGAGUUGCGAGGCUACAAAGGCUGAUGUGACGUCGUUUAGCUCGUUGGAUUCAGGAGACGGGUUUGGGGACAAAGACGCCAUCGCGGUUGCUGGUGAUCUCAAGGUUCUGCUAAACGGGUCGAAACUCGUCGGGAAGAAAGAAGUCGAAGCGGUUUCGAAGAUCACGAGGAUUCAUGGGAGAUUCCGUGAUGUUGUGAAGAAUGUUCAUGCUGCUGUUAGGGUAGAACUGAAUUCAAGUGUCAAAGGAGGCAAGUUUGGUUCGGGGAGCUCAGGAACUGGUGAGGCUUUGGGAGCAACGUUGUCUGCUCUGUCCGUGGCGAUCAAAAAUACCGGAGAGUGUUCGUUUGCUCGUGCCAAAUUGUCAUUCGAGUCUGUUGAAAACGAGGAUUUGAGGAAUGGUUUAUUGAGUUUGUUCGAAAAGUCCGGUCUGGAUUACGAGAGUCUGAAGAAUGCUCACAAGGUAGCGUACGAUGCCCUCUUUGAUGAAGACUACUGCAAAUUUGCUCAUUUUGUGAACGAGUCUCUUGGGGCUGUGUAUAGAAUUGUUGGUUGGGAAGCUGUGGCUGCCUUCUUUGCACUUAAAGGCGGAGAAUUGUUCACUGAGAAGAGUGUUGAUGCUAAUGAGGAUGAGCCGAAAACAGAUAAGAAGAGUGAUAAGAAGAAGAAGAGUGAGAGAAAAGCAGUCUUGGGUAAAGGGACAAGCUUACUUCUCCAGUUUAUCAAAGACAUGUUGCUCGUUGAAGAUACGAGCGCUGGUGAUAAGGUUGAGACAUUGAAGCAUUGGGUGGAGAAAGUCUUGGGUCUAUUGAACCUCGAGGAUCGUGCUUUUGCUUGCUUCUUGGAUAAAGUAAAAGAGAUCGUAGAAAGUAAUGAAAACAGGAGACUCCCAAAGCUCCCGAAGGGUACUCGUGAUUUUGCGAAGGAGCAAAUGACAGUCCGAGAAAAAGCGUUUUCAAUCAUACAAGACGUUUUCAAGAGGCAUGGUGCCACUGCUCUUGAUACACCUGUUUUCGAAUUGAGAGAGACGCUUAUGGGGAAAUACGGAGAAGACUCAAAGUUGAUUUAUGAUAUCGCUGACCAGGUAAAGCUGAGUCACCGGAAGUUGCUUGACGGUAUGCUGGAGAUAUGUGGAGUACCACCGGAAAAAUUCAGAACCAUCUGUUCCAGUAUCGACAAGUUAGACAAGCAAUCAUUUGAGCAAGUGAAGAAAGAAAUGGUGGAGGAGAAGGGUUUAUCUCCGGAGACAGCAGACAGAAUCGGCACUUUUGUUAAGGAAAGAGGACAGCCAAUGGAACUGCUGUCGAAACUCAGACAAGAAGGGAGCGAGCUUUUAACCAACGAGUCAUCAAAAGAAGCACUUGAAGAUUUGGGCAUUAUGUUUGAAGCGCUUGAAAGAUCAAACUGCAGUAACAGAGUAGUCUUUGAUCUGAGUCUUGCGAGAGGUCUUGAUUACUACACGGGCGUCAUCUUUGAAGCCGUCUGCAAAGGAGCUGAGGUUGGAUCGAUCGGUGCUGGUGGGCGAUACGAUAACCUAAUUGGAAUGUUCGGGACACGGCAAGUCCCAGCAGUUGGUAUGAGUCUAGGUAUCGAGCGAGUUUUUAACAUAUUGGAAGAACUUCAAAAGCAACAAAAACAGGUGAUUCGAUCCACAGAGACGCAAGUUCUGGUCAGUAUCAUGGCGGAUAAUAAGCUAGCAGAAGCUGCGGGAUUGGUAAGUCAGCUUUGGGCAGCCAAGAUAAAAGCAGAGUACCUUGUGAGCAAAAGACGGUCAAAGCAUUUCGACCGCGCCACGGAAUCUGGAAUCCCUUGGAUGGUGAUAGUCGGCGAACGAGAGCUCAGUGAAGGAGUUGUUACAUUGAAGAAGGUGGUUAAAGGCAGUGAAGAGGAAUAUCAAGGAGUUCCGAGAGAGAGUUUCGUCGACCAAUUGUUGAAGCUUCUCUCUGCUUGA